UGUUAUUUUUUUCAAUUUAAAUAAGCAUAAAUGAAACCAAACUAACAGGCAACAGGACUAAUUUAUCCACAUGGCAACAGCUCUAUUCUCAGAAGAAGUAAAGUGGCAUGCAGUAGAUCUGCCCAUUUUAUUUAAACAAAAUACUAGAUAAAUUUCGAUUCAAAAUGUCAGGGGCAGCUAUUUAGCUUAUAGCUAUAUUGCAAGUGCCACUAGAUCAAGCUAGAUUUAUGCACAUACGCACCAGUUCCAUCUAUUAUUCUGCUAUUAAACAUGCAUAUCAUCAUCUACAUUUUGAUUGCUUAAUUGUUUAUACAUGUUCUUAUGUUGGGUAGAGAGUUGGAUUGGAUUCUUCUUUCUAUUGUUGGAGACCUGUAUAAGUAUUAAGAGCAUUAGCACCCAUUGCUGCAGUACUGCACUGUAAUUUAAAGAUAGACUAGAAUCUAGAUAUAGGUCCCUCCCAAUUGAAAGGUGUGGCUCAAUGGAAUGGAAGCAUGGUAAAGACAUCACUGCUAGAAGACUAUUGGAUUUGUACCAGUUUAUAAGCCAGUACAAGAGUAUUACAGAGUCACACAGCGUAGAUUAUUUUACUGAAAAUCAUUGGGAGAGGCUGAUACCUGAGGGAUGGAAGAAAGAUCUCUUGUCUCUAUCGCAGGAUGACUAUUUCUUGUAUCCAAAGGCUCAUACUGAGAGUAGAUCUAGUACUAGCAGCAUCUCCUUAGGUGAUUUUCUUUUAUCCAUUCAAAGUUUAAAGCUACUCUCGUCUGAUCAGAGUCAGGAAGCCCCUCCCCCUGCCCCACCCCCUGACCCAUCCUGUGUAGGGCAGUAUGGUAUGUCUAUGAAAAAAGUUCAUGAGGUGAAUAGAAUGUCAGAGUAUCUUGAAUCUGUUCUCAUUAGACCACUGAAUAUUAAACAAAUGAUAGACAUUGGGAGUGGUAAAGGAUAUUUGAGUGAGACUCUUUCAUUCAGUCAUCAACUGAAAGUCGUUGGAAUAGAAUCACAGCCAGUCACGACUCUUGGGGCUUUGGAGAGAUGUAGAAAAGUUGAGAAAUUUUUUAAGAGCCAUCCGAAAGAAAAAGUAACUUCUAACAAAGAAAAGGGAGAUGAAAAGGAAGAUAGGAAAAAAAUAGAACAUGGAUGUGAUCCAUUUGAUGAUUUCGACUCACUUCAUUUACCAUUUGAAGAGACUUUAACAUUAUCUGAGACUGAAUCAACUAGCCAUGAUACAUUAACUAAAGACAAUAACUGUAUUAAUAAAGGACUUGAGGAUAUUUCUAUUACUACUGCAGUGAUUAGCGUUCAGGAAGAAAAUACCACACCAGUAGAAGCAGCAGUGUGUACUAUAGAGUCUAGUGGUUUAUCGAAGCAAAAUGAAAACUGUGAUGCCCCAAGUAACAUAACUGGAUCUCAAAAUCCACUUAACAAUAAAGAAAUAACAGCAUCAGAUAAAGGAAUGGACAAUGAUACCAGUACAGGAACUAAUGCAGUAUCAAGCAGUCACACUCAACCAGUACCUUGUCCUCUAACAGACUCAUACACACCCAUCACCCACUACAUAUCAGGCAGUGACAGCAUUAUUGAUAUAGCUGGAGGUGCAAUAGACACUACACGACCUUUGGGACUAGUUGGACUACAUACCUGUGGCGAUUUGGCCUCUGUUAUACUGAGGCAGUUCAUUAAAGAGCCUCUGAUACAAUGUGUGUGUAUCGUGGGCUGCUGCUACCAUCAUAUAACUGAGAGAGAAGAUGUCACAGAUGCUGUUCCUGGAUUCCCAAUGAGUCAGUUUCUAAAGGGACAUGGUGCCUUUCUCGGUCGUAACACUCGUAUGCUUUCAUGUCAGUCUGAGGCUCAUUUCUCUACAGUUACAUCCGGUAAAGCACUUGAAUCAAUAUUCUUCAGAGCUGUUCUCCAGGUAAUACUUCAGAAAGAAAUGAAGUUAAUUCAAACUCCCCAAGAUGCUAGGGAGCUGUUAGUUGGACGGGUUAAGAAGUACAACAGUUUCACUGAUUAUGUUAGACGAGCUCUUAAAAGACUCAAUAUCCGAGAACAAAACCAACCAUCAAACGAUAGACUGGAGUAUUAUUAUACAUUGCUCCUUCCAAGACUAACAGAACUGCAAAGAUACCUACAAGUGAGAGCUGUUAUAGCUCCAUUGAUAGAAUCACUGGUGCUCUUAGAUCGACUGCUAUUUCUACAAGAACAUCAAGAAGAAUGCAAUAUCAAGGAGGCAUGGCUCUCUCAAUUGUUUGUUCCAGCAAUAUCUCCUCGCUGUAUUGCUCUAUCUGCUAUAAGACAUUAGACAAUAAUAAUAAUGAUUAUCAUUAAUGAUUUAUUUAUUGGGUGUGUGGGCGUUGCCUUAUCCUCUGCCA